CAUUGAUGUAGCCGGUUGUCGUCGGGAUUCGUGCAUCAAGAGUGCUAAACCAAGUUCUAGCAGUGAACAUGAAACAGCCCUCGCAGCAAUUACAACAAUGACAGAUUUGGACUUGUCCUUCAUACCCAGCCUCUACACCCCAUCCGCUCUACUACCAAUCUCCAGGCAUAAAGAUAGUCUCCUCUACACCGUUGAAACCCAUCAAGUCACCAUACUCGUGGGCCAGACUGGCAGUGGAAAAACAACCCAACUCCCCCAGUUUCUAGAGCAGGCAGGAUGGUGUUCCAACGGGAAAUGCAUCGCAGUGACUCAGGUGGCCCAGACGAGUGGCGGUCACCACCGUCGCCACGCGUGUCGCCGAGGAAAUGCGAUGUAAAGUUGGGGAGGAGGUUGGAUAUUCAAUCCGGUUCGAAGACGUGACAUCUUCGCGGACGAAAAUCAAAUUUCUUACCGAUGGCAUGCUGUUGCGCGAAGCUCUGGUCGACCCCCUGCUCUCAAGGUAUUCCGUCAUCAUGGUAGAUGAAGCUCACGAGCGAUCUCUAAGCUCAGACAUAUUGUUGGGCCUGCUCAAGAAGAUCAAAAAGCGCCGACCAGAGCUCCGAAUCAUCGUCAGCAGUGCGACUUUGGAGGCCGAGCGGUUCGCCGAGUUCUUCAAAGACAAGGACCAACAAGAUGGCUCUAAUAGCGAUCAACAAUGCCGGAUCAUCAGCAUCGAAGGGCGGACAUACCCCGUUGACAUACUGUAUCUGGACCAACCGACCGAAAACUACGUCGAGAAAGCCGUCCACACGGCCUUCACCAUCCACCAGCAAGAAGGGCCUGGAGAUAUCCUUGUCUUUCUGACGGGGAGAGAAGAGAUCGAAAUGGCCAUGCAGAAACUAUCUGACCUGGCAGCGACCUUACACCCACAGGCGCAAGCACUUCAACCUCUACCACUCUAUGCGGGACUCAGCACCGAAGAACAAAUGUACGUGUUUUCCGAAGCGGCAGAAAACACGCGGAAAGUGAUUCUGAGUACAAACAUCGCCGAGGCCUCCGUCACCAUAUCGGGGAUCGUCUACGUAAUCGACUGCGGCUUCGUCAAACUUCGCGCAUACAACCCAACGACAAACAUCGACACUCUCACUCCGUUCCCUGUGUCCAAAGCAUCCGCGACCCAAAGAGCAGGCCGCGCAGGUCGGACGAAGCCUGGAAAAUGCUUCCGACUAUACACUGAGCAAUCAUACGAGUCUUUACCAGCGACUACGACACCAGAAAUCCAGCGUUCAAACCUUGCCCCAGUAGUUCUUCAGCUGAAAGCGCUAGGGAUCGAUAACAUAGUUCGAUUCGAUUUCCUGUCGCCGCCGCCUUCACAACUCCUAGUCCGUGCUUUCGACCUUCUUUACUCUCUAGGCGCGGUCGACGAAUACGCCAAACUGACGUCGCCGCUGGGCACGCGAAUGGCCGAACUCUCCAUUCCGCCCAUGAUGGCCAAAUGCCUGCUUACCGCGUCCGACCCAAAGUACAACUUCAACUGUCAAAGCGAAAUGCUCACCAUCGCAGCCAUGACUUCGCUCGAGGGAAACGUAUGGUUCCACCACAGCGGCGAAAAGAAAGCAAUGGACAUGUCGCGGCGGAAAUUCGCCGCCGAGGAAGGCGACCACUUGACGCUACUCAACGUCUACACUGCUUUCGUGACAAAGGGCAAGAAAGAAGCCCGCUGGUGUCAUGACCAUCAUUUGAAUUUCAAGUCGAUGCAGCGCGCUCUGAGUAUUCGCAACCAACUGGCCCGAUACCUCGAACGCCUGGGCGUCAAAGUAGUAGCUGCUGACAACAACGCGCCCUACCUUUCGACGGCGCAGCAGCAGCCCUUGUCUACAGCAGAUAAAGCCACAAAUAUCCUCAAAUGUCUGGUGACGGGUUACUUCUCCCAGGCAGCCAAAAUGCAGCCAGAUGGUAGUUUCCGCUCCGUGUCCGGCAACGUCACCAUGUACGCACACCCUACGAGUCUGUUGUUCAACCGGAAGGCCGACUAUGUUGUGUUUCAUGAGGUCCUCGAGACUGGCGGGAAAGUGUACAUCAAAGACCUGAGCAAGGUGGAGAAAGGAUGGUUGGUCGACCUUUCAGGAGGAUAUUAUAAUGUAAAAACAUAGCUAGAGCUCGCAUCUGAUCUAGACCGUCGGCGCCUAUACAUGGUCUUUUCUUUGUUGGUUUGCCCUAUUCAAAAGUGUCCGUUCCGUACAGUGUUUGGCGACAAUUAAGGUAUUUUCGCAUUACUCCG